AUGGCCUUCAUAUCAGAGGGGACAGGCAUAUAUGUUUUUGAGUUUUUGUUAAGCCUCAAGAAGGAAGAGGCUGAAAUUCAAGUAUUAGGGAAGCAUAAUAAAGGAUGUCACUGCAAGAAAUCAGGUUGCCUUAAGAAAUAUUGUGAGUGCUUCCAAGCUAAUGUCCUCUGCUCUGAAAAUUGUAAAUGCAUGGACUGCAAGAAUUUUGAAGGAAGUGAAGAAAGAAGUGCUCUUGAUCCAAUUAACCUCAAACAGGAAAUAUUUUCUGGCAAAGCUGCCAUAGAUCAAACUGUUUUGACCGCUCCAUUUCAACAGGAAAAUGAUCCAGUGGUUGCGACACCUGCUCCGUUUGCGUCUGUUGCGUCUGACAUUGGCCAUGCAACAAAUCCAGGGUCUUCAAGAUCAACAUACAGGUCACCAUUGGCGGAUGCCCUCAUGCCAGAGGAUGUGAAAUAUCUCUGUUCACUUUUUGUUGUUCUAUCAGGAGUAGCCGCAAAGACAUAUGCAGAGUCAGGAGGCAGGGUAGACCAGCAAACGGAGAUCAAGAAAUUUGAAGCUUCUGUUGCUUCAUCAGCUGAAUUACUGCAAGAUAAUGAAGAAGUCCACAAGCCUGUUUUGAUGAUCAUGCAGAGAAAAAUGGAGCAGAGAGAAGUGGAACUAUUGAUUCUGGAUCAGAUGGAGUUGAUAUACAGAACUACGGGAGGCCAUUGUCACCAGGAACGCUAGCAUUGAUGUGUGAUGAACAGGAUGAGAUGUUUCUUUCCGAUAGUUCUGCCAAUGACUUGGUUUGCAAUGAUCAAAAAAUGAUUCAGAAGUCAUCAAAUUCUGAUGUUUACAUGCAUAUUUACGGAGAGCAGGAACGGCUUGUGCUCACCAGGUUUUGGGACGUUCUCCGUGGACUCGUCACUCGUGGAAGCAUAAAAGAAGCGAUGUGCUCUUCAUUAGCCAAGCAAGAGGAGGAAAGCAAACAAGAAGCAGCUGAUAAUGGCAAUCAUGGAAUUGAAACUGAUUUAAGAAGUGAAAGAGAAAGGAACUUCACAGGCACUGCAAUGGCAUAGCAAAAUCCCACAUCCCAUUAGCCACUGAAGUAUCUGUGACAAGCAGCGCAAUGCCUAACGGCCACGAUAAUGAUGAUCUGUCAUUGAGGAUAGGUCUGCCGACGGGAAUUGCUGGGUUGAUAUAGUCUCUUGCAUUGCAAAAUACUUUUGAUUAGUAAAGAACAUGAUUUUUUGGGUGUUGAACAGCCAGGAAAAUGUGCUGGUGACGUGCAUAUAUUGUUAGCUAUAGGUCAGGUUCCCAGCUAAGAUUUGGGAAUAACUAUAACUGGAAUAUCUUCUUUCAUAGCAUCGAUGUCUAAAUCCAAGUCUCAGUCAGUCAGUUCCUUGCUUAAUCUGACGUUUCUACAUGCAAAUGUAUGUUAUCUCGGGCAGAAAAGAGUUUAUUGAAUG